GCCCCCCCUCUAGGCCUCUACCGCCUCCGCACUUCCGCAGAGCCGCACCGAAGCAAGCGAGCCUCUCGACUUGGCCGCCCGCCGGAGAAGCGGAGCUCGAGGGGAGGCGGCGCGCGCGAAAUAGCAAGCGGCGGCCGCAGGCGCCUCGUCGGCAGAGAUGACGGACGGGCACCACUUCAACAACAUCCUCCUCGGGGGGCGCGGCGGCACGAACCCCGGUCAGUUUAAAGUGCAUUCAGGUGGACUUGCAUGGAAGAGACAAGGUGGAGGAAAGACCAUUGAGAUUGACAAAGCUGAUGUAACCUCAGUUACAUGGAUGAAAGUCCCCAGAGCAUAUCAACUUGGAGUCAGGAUUAAAGAUGGCCUGUUCUACAGGUUUAUUGGCUUCCGUGAACAGGAUGUAAGCAGUUUGACCAACUUCAUACAAAAGAAUAUGGGCGUCACACCAGAUGAAAAGCAGCUUUCUGUUAGUGGUCACAAUUGGGGAGGGAUUGAUAUCGAUGGAAACAUGCUUACCUUUAUGGUUGGUACAAAGCAAGCAUUUGAAGUGUCUCUACCAGAUGUUGCACAAACCCAGAUGCAAGGAAAAACAGAUGUUCUCUUAGAGUUUCAUGUUGAUGAUACUACUGGGGCCAAUGAGAAAGAUUCGCUCAUGGAUUUAAGUUUUCAUGUGCCUACUUCAAAUACUCAGUUUGUCGGGGAUGAGAAUCGCCCUCCGGCUCAUAUUCUAUGGGAGACUAUAUUGAAAUUUGCUGAUGUUGGAUCCUCUGAAGAGCCAGUUGUCACCUUUGAAGGAAUUGCGAUUCUUACACCAAGAGGACGCUAUAGUGUUGAGCUUCAUCUGUCAUUUCUACGACUCCAAGGGCAAGCUAAUGAUUUUAAAAUCCAAUACAGCAGCAUUGUUCGCCUCUUUCUUUUGCCAAAGUCAAAUAAUCCUCAUACAUUUGUUGUUAUCACUCUUGAUCCACCAAUCCGUAAAGGACAAACAUUGUAUCCUCACAUUGUUAUUCAGUUUGAGACGGAGGUAGUAGUUGAAAGGGAUCUGGCAUUGAGUAAAGAGGUUCUGGCUGACAAAUACAAAGACAGGCUUGAGGAAUCUUACAAGGGUCUAAUACAUGAGGUAUUUACCAAAGUCCUUCGUGGGCUAUCUGGUGCUAAAGUCACAAGACCAGGUUCUUUCAGAAGUUGCCAAGAUGGAUAUGCAGUUAAAUCUUCACUCAAAGCUGAAGAUGGACUGUUGUAUCCACUUGAAAAGGGUUUCUUCUUUCUGCCAAAGCCUCCUACACUCAUUCUGCAUGAGGAGAUUGAGUUCGUCGAAUUUGAACGGCAUGGUGCUGGGGGUGCCAGUAUGUCAUCUCACUAUUUUGAUCUCCUUGUCAAACUGAAAAAUGACCAAGAGCAUCUCUUCAGAAAUAUUCAAAGGAAUGAAUACCACAACCUCUUCAACUUCAUCAAUGGAAAGAACAUAAAAAUAAUGAACCUUGGAGGAGAUGGUCAAGGUACGAGUGGUGUAGUUACAGAUGUUCUAAGGGACACUGAUGAUGAUGCUGUUGACCCACAUCUAGAGCGCAUUAAAAAUCAGGCCGGGGAUGAGGAAAGUGAUGAAGAGGAUGAAGAUUUUGUCGCGGAUAAGGAUGACAGUGGAUCUCCUACUGAUGAUUCUGGUGAUGAGGAUUCAGACGCUAGUGACAGCGGUGGUGAAAAAGAGAAAUCAUCCAAGAAGGAAGCAAGCAGUUCAAAGCCUGUUCAGAAAAGGAAGCCUAAGGGCAGGGAUGAGGAUGGUCCAGAGAAGAAAAAGGCAAAGAAGAAAAAAGAUCCUAAUGCUCCGAAAAGAGCAAUGACGCCGUUCAUGUAUUUCUCAAUGGCUGAGCGAGGAAACAUGAAGAGCAGCAACCCGGAUUUGCCUACGACCGAGAUUGCGAAGAAGCUUGGGGAGAUGUGGCAAAAGAUGUCAAGCGAGGAGAAGCAGCCUUAUAUUCAGCAGGCCCAGGUUGACAAGAAACGCUAUGAAAAGGAAUCCGCUGUCUAUCGUGGUGAAGCACCAGUUGAUGUGGAUUCCGGCAAUGACUCUGACUAGAGUCACACCCUCCUGCACCGGAGACAUGGGAGGAAAUUGCUGACUGUUGUUGCAGUUUGUGGCCUGAAAUUAUCUCAGCUCUUGAUCUGGUACAGUGGGCACUGAAUGAAAUUCUAGUGACGCAUGUAAACGGUAGUUGCCAUCAUGUGAAAUUGCUGUACCAUGUAAACGGUAGGUGCCAUCAUGUGAAAUUGCUGUACCAUGUGUAUGCCGGCGGCACUACUUGCCUGGAGCAUUGCUAAGAGGCGUUUCUUGUUGCGUACCUAUGCAGUGCAAAGAUCGUACGAGUGUAGUCUAAGUGAGUUUUCUGUAUAACCUUCAUGCCUGGUUUAUGAGAGUUGAUUUUAUUUUGAA